GGAGGAUGAAAGUACGCACUCGUGUGAGCUUCUCUCACUCUAGACUUUGCCGCGCCACAGUUCAAGCAGAAAUCGAGAUCGAUGGAGCCUAAGAAGUCCGCAUUAGUUCGAAUCGUUGUCCGAAUUUUUGGUCUGGUGUUCGGUGUAGUCGUUCUCGGUUGCAUUGCAGACAAGCUCUACGUGUCACGAGCUUCCGGUUUCUCUAAAGUGUGCUAUUUUAACAACAAAGAUGCCGCUUGCGACUUUGGUAUCGCUUGUGGCGCGCUGGCUCUCGUCCUAGCCAUCAUCUUCUGUGUUUUGGACCUCGUGACGGACGUCAUGGGGAAUGCAGAGCAAGCUCGUCGACCCGCAAUCAUUGCAGGCAGCGCGCUCGCCAUCGUCAUGGGAAUCAUGUGGCUUGCUUGUUUCGGUUACUUGACCAAACUGUGGGUCGAUGUUGAUGGCAAUGACUUUGUGGAUGAGAUCAAGAUUCCAGGUCAAGCUACCCUAGGUUUCAGCUUUCUGUCUAUUCCUAUAUGGUUUGCUGUUGCUAUUUAUGGAUUUCUCGCUCUACGAGGUGAUGCCACCUCCUGAAUGAAGUUCAACUUGCAAUGAAACAGACAUCGCUGCUUUUGGCAACUUUUGCUGCUUUUACAUGACUAGCUAGGCAACGAAUCUUUUUUCUGCUUUUGCUACUUGUCUGCAUGGUUUUGCUUGAGUUCGCGGGUGUAGCACAUCUUUUUGCCUCAAU